AUGGAAUUAUCAGGGAAUGCACCGGUGACCAUUGGCCUUGACCUCAUGCCUAAGCUUGGAAUUGGUAUCACAGGUCUUGCCGUAGCGUGGGAAAAGCAACCACCCAACACCAGUGAAAAGAUAAAUGACGUACCCCUACCAAACGAGUCCCCAGCAGGCUCUUCCUCACAACGUAACGCUUUCUUUGACAUUGUUCAGCCAACAGUCGAUCGCAAUGCUUUGAUUCCACCACGUUCAUUCUGCACCGUACCUGAAUCGGUUAUACACCUUGACACGGAAGAGGGCGUAGUCUCGCAUCGAAGACAAUACACGCUACCCAUCGUAUACCAAGACACGAUCAAAGAACAGGUACAACAGUGGUUAAGCGAUGGUAUUGUUGAAGAAGCACCACCUCACACUAUGUGGAAUAGUCCUCUCACACCCACGGCAUAUCAACAAACUACUUGUCAGCCCGGAUCGUCAUCCACUUCCUCUCAUCAAAGACAUCUUCCGACAGCUUAA